AUGGCUUUGGUCGAUCUAACAAAUGUCACAAAUUUGAUAAGACAAUCUGUUCCUAACAUUGAUGAUACCAUCGUUGAGUAUAUUGUUGGCUACCUAAACGAAACACAGUCUGGAGGUGAUGGUGAAGAUGUGAUUACAGACUUUGUUCGACCGAUUCUAGUAGAUGCAGGUGGCGAGGAAGAAAGAAUUCAAAAACUAUGCGAAAGGUUAUCAGAACUUUUUGUGCAAAAUUCUUCAGACAAUACUUCUAAUAACAAUGGACUUAAUAAAUUAGAGCAACCGGUAAAUAUGCUUACAACAAGCUUUAUUUCUGCGACAGCGGGCUUAGUUGCUCAGAAUGUAGAUUUAGAAGCUGUCAGUGGAAGAAAAGUUAGUACCCGAGUUGAUACCAAAAAAUUAGAAAAAGCUGAAGCAAAGAUUAAGUCCAAAAUGGAGAAACGUGAACGAAGAUCAAAUUAUGAAGCAAGUAAAUUGCUUUCAAAGAAGAAUAACGAUGAAUUCCUUAUGCAAGUAAAUCCUAUAUUGGAUUAUACAACAACCAAAGGAAAAAUCAAGGAUGUUAAAGUUGAAAAUUUUGACAUCUCAUUUGGAGGAAAGAGAAUAUUGACAAACGCGAAUCUAUCCUUAACCUAUGGCAGAAGGUAUGGAUUGAUCGGAAGGAAUGGGAUCGGUAAAUCCACUUUACUGAGAACCAUGUCGAGAAGAGAAAUUAGUGUGCCAACACACGUCAGCAUUUUACAUGUGGAGCAAGAGAUGGAAGGUGAUGAUACACUUGCGAUUCAAGCCGUAUUAAGCGCUGAUAUAUGGAGAGAACAUUUGUUAAGUGAAGAGAAAUUAUUGAACUUACAAAUUAGUGAAUUAGAGCAAAAUCUUGAAGAAUUUGACGAAGUUACUCUUGAACAAAAAAAAGAUGCUGCCAAUACAAGAUUAAAAGAAAUAUAUCAAAAACUAGAAGAAAUUGAGAGUGAUAAGGCUGAAUCACGGGCACUGUUUUGCCGACCUGAUUUGUUGUUGUUAGACGAACCGACUAAUAUGUUAGAUAUUCCUGCUGUCGCAUGGCUAGAACAAUACCUCAAAAAAUGGCCGAGCACAUUACUUGUUGUUUCUCACGAUCGAGAAUUCCUGGACGAAGUAGCAACUGAUAUUUUGCAUCAACAUUCCGAACGUCUCGAUCAUUACAAGGGUAAUUUUACACAAUUCUAUGCUACAAAAGAAGAACGCCGCAAAAAUCAUCUACGUGAAUAUGAAAGCCAGAUGCAAUAUAGGCAACAUUUACAAGACUUUAUUGACCGCUGGCGAUAUAAUGCUAAGAGAGGACCACAAGCUCAAAGCAAAAUUAAGAUAUUGGAGAAACUCCCUGUAUUGGAACCUCCGGAAGUCGAAGUUGGUGUCACUUUCAAUCCGCCUAUCCUUCAAUUGAAUGAUGUCAGCUUUGGAUAUCCAAAUGGUCCUAUAAUCCUUUCGAACGUCAACCUUUCUGUUCAAUUAGAUUCACGUAUAGCUGUAGUUGGUCCAAAUGGAGCGGGUAAAUCUACUCUACUCAAACUUUUAACUGGGGCAUUAGAGCCGCGUUCUGGCAUGAUGCACCGACAUGGGCGUCUCAGAUUUGCACAUUUCAUGCAACAUCAUGUGGAUCAACUGAUUCUUGAUAUGAACGCAGUAGCUUUUAUGGCACAGAAAUUUCCAGGGAAAAUCGAAGAGGAAUAUCGACGUCAAUUAGGAAAUUUUGGCAUUACAGGAAUGACUGGCUUACAAUCACUGAAGACUUUGUCCGGUGGCCAAAAAAGCAGAGUUUCUUUCGCUUGUUUGGGUUUACAACACCCACACAUCUUAAUAUUGGAUGAACCGACCAACCACCUCGAUAUGGAUUCAAUCGAUGCCUUGACAAAUGCUCUAAAAGGGUUUAAAGGUGGGGUCAUCCUCGUUUCUCAUGAUGAACGAUUCAUUGAUUCCGUUUGUACAGAAAUUUGGGUCUGUGAAUCUGGAAAAGUUAGGAAGUUUGAAGGAGAUUCUAUCAAACAAUACAGAGAAAUGAUUGUGCCAAAAGAGGAACCAUAA